CCAUCCCCAUUCGCCCCCAGCCCCCCAGAACUGCCCCGGCACCAGCCCCGGGACGGCAUGGCCCAGAGGUGGCAAGCAGCACCCUCCCCUCCCAGGGGUCCGCAGAGAACGCCCCCUCCCUUCCUAGCCCUCACACGAGCAGCUGAGGCCAGGUCGCCCCGCCUGCUGUCCCCCAACAGAGCUCUCUAUGUACAGCCCCCAACCCCCCCAGCCCUCCUCCCCUGCACCUCCCAGCGCGGGGCUGGAGGCCGACCCAGGCUCCCUCUCCCAAGACACAUACCACG